CUUCUUUCUUCUAUUAAACCGAAGCAGACUUUGCUCCAAUCUCUCUCUCUCUGACUCUGAAAAAGAUGAAGUGGAGAAGUUAAUGUUCACCAACUUGCUGCAAAGUCUAAAACUUUCUUCCUUCUUUCAAGUUCUUCUCGCAUUUCUCGCGCUCUCUGUUUCUUUCUUGUUUUAAGGAAAGAUUUUAGUUUGGAAGUACAAGGAGUAGUCUUCUCAGAUCUGGUAAUAAAGAGAGAGAAAGAGAUUUGAGUUUCAUCAGUACACUAAUCUUUUUUUAUUUCACCAUACUGUUGAGGAAAAAAUGAGUAAAGAAGAGUUUAUGAAGAUCCAGACUUGUGUUCUUAAAGUGAACAUACACUGUGAUGGAUGUAAGCAGAAAGUCAAGAAAAUCUUGCAGAAAAUCGAAGGUGUUUUCACGACCAAGAUUGAUUCAGACCAAGGGAAAGUGACUGUCUCCGGGAACGUAGAUCCUUCAGUUCUCAUCAAAAAGCUUGCAAAAUCUGGUAAACAUGCCGAAGUCUGGGGAGCUCCAAAGGGUAACAACAACAAUCAGAAUCAGUUGGCCAAUCAGAUGAAAGGGAUGCAGAUAGACAAUGGAAAAGGUGUCGGUGGAAAGAACAAUAACAACAACAAUAAAGGUCCAAAGAACGGCGGUGGCGGUGGAGGAGGUGGAGGAGGCGGCGGAGGUAACAGUAACGCGCCGAAGAUGGGACAGCAACUGAAUCCACAACAGAUUCAGCAGCUUCAACAGAUCCAGAAGAUGAAAGGGUUUCAAGAUCUGAAGCUUCCUCCACAGUUGAAGGAUUCCAAGGGCGCUGCUCCUCCUCCGAACAAGAACCAGAAAGGAGUGAAGUUUGAUGUUCCUGAGGAUGAUGAUGAUGAUGAUGACUUCACUGAUGACGACGAGUUUGAUGAUGAGUUCACUGACGAUGACGACGAGUUUGAUGACGACGAGUUUGGUGAUCUCCCUCCUCCGUCUAAUAAGAUGAAGCCUAACAUGAUGAUGCCUAACGCUCAGCAGAUGAUGAUGAACGCUCAGAAGAACGCUAAUCUUGGCGGUAAAGGUGGUCCCGGCGGUGGAAACGGCGGCGGCGGCGGUGGUAAAGGUGGUCCCGGAGGCAGUGGCGGUGGAAAAGGUGCUCCUGGUGGCGGUGGGAAUCAAAACCAGGGCGGAGGCAAGAACGGUGGUAAAAACGGUGGUGGUGGCGGUGGACAUCCACAAGAUGGUAAAAACGGCGGUGGUCCAAACGCCGGAAAGAAGGGUAAUGGCGGCGGAGGUGGAGGUGGAGGUGGUGGACCCAUGGCGGGAGGACUGCCAGCCGGUUUCCGUCCCAUGGGAGGCGGAGGACCACAAAACAUGAGCAUGCCAAUGGGCGGUCCAAUGGGUAUGGGUGGUCCGAUGGGUAAUAUUCCGGCGGUUCAAGGAUUACCGGCAACCGGUCCAGGCGGUGGUGUACCACCAGGUUAUUUCCAAGGAGCCGGGCCAGACCCUAUGCAAAUGCAGCAACAACAACAACAGCAACAGUAUUUAGCAGCGGUUAUGAACCAGCAACGUGCCAUGGGAAACGAGCGGUUCCAACCAAUGAUGUACGCAAGGCCGCCACCGGCAGUUAACUACAUGCCACCGCACCCGCCGCACCAAUAUCCAAACCCGUAUCCGUACCCGUAUCCAUAUCCACCUCAUGGGAAUGAUCAGUACUCUCAUGUCUUUAGCGAUGAGAACACAUCAAGCUGCGAUAUUAUGUGAGAUUAAAAAUUAUCCAGAAAUAAAACUUGUGUAUCCUUUCUUUUGUCUUCAACGGAUCAAAUCCUAAGUUCUAUUUUAGGUUGUUUGUGUUUUCCAAGUUUGUGAUAGUUUUGUAGAAUUAUAAUAUAUGAUCAAGUUAUAUUGAA